AUAGAGAAAAGAGAGUGUAAAAAUGUAUAGAGAGGGAAAGACACACGCAUACACACAUAGAUAUAGGGAGAUAGAGAGAUGCUUGUUUGAAGCGUUAAGAGGGAAAAAGAGUAAUAGAUAUAAGUCGAAGAACGGUGAAGAAAUAAAAUAGGACUAAGAGAAAAGAAUAAAGCGUGUGAAGUAGUUAGAAGAGAGUAAAAUAUAACGUGAUUGGGUUAAUAAAUGGAGAAAGAGUAAUAAAUGAACGAGAAGGGGAAGGAAGAGCGACAAUAUAUAUAUUUAUAUAUAUAAAACAUCAAACUAUAGCGUGAGGGAUAGUGUAGUAGUAGGAGAAAAUAAGUGUGAGGAGUCUAUAGAAUGAGAGUGUGACAUGCACAUUAUAUAUAUAUACACACGUACGUACACACACACACACACAUACAUCUGGAGACAGAAAUAAAUAAAGUGGUGACAAUCAGAAAAUCGGAUGUCAAUGACAUUUAAAUGAAAACACUAGGCGUUCAUGACCAUCACAUAGGAAGUAAACAUUGGUGUAGAUAAAUCAAUACGUUUAACCAAUCUUGUUCCUCAUGAGUUGUCACACUACGUACGGUGUUUCUGUUUAGUUGUCUUACAAAUCUUCGUAGAUCACGUUACUCAAUCCGAACGGAGUUAAAAAGAAUAACUAAAGCUAAGUGAGAAGCAAUCAAGUUACAACUUAAAUUUUAUCGACAUGAAAUUUAAAUACAAGGAGGAGAACACUUUAGCGGAGCGUCAAGCAGAAUCUUCAAGAAUUAAAAGGAAAUAUCCAGAACGGUUACCAAUUAUUGUCGAAAAAUUGCCUCGCUCACAUAUCCAGGCACUGGAGAAAAAGAAGUUUCUGGUACCCAGUGACCUUACUGUUGCUCAAUUCAUGUGGAUGCUCCGCAAAAAGAUCCAGUUGCCCUCUGAAAAGGCAAUUUUCUUAUUUGUGGGUAGAAUGCUUCCUCAGUCUAGUGCUAACAUGGGCCAAGUAUAUCAAGAACAUAAAGAUGAAGAUGGCUUCUUGUAUGUUGCAUACAGUGGGGAAAACACAUUUGGCUUAUCAAACUAUAUCUUGCCACUUUCUCUCGUAUAGUACAUAUUAUUGUCUGGGGGACAAGCCAUACAUUGCUCUAGAACAUGGAUGUUAUUCACAUUUGUAGACUGUGCAAGCAUGUACAACAAAUCCGAUUCUGAAUUGCCUUCUUUGUUGCUUAGUUGGCACAAUAAUCCAUGCCUGAAAGUUUGCAUGGAACAGUAUGAAGGGAAUGAACUUUUUUUCAACAAAAAGCUUAUGAAUAAUGAUUAUUGAGUAUUUCCUUUUAAAACAUAUGCACAAAUACUCUAUCUACAGACAUAUGUGCAUACAUAUAUACAUCUUUUUUUUAAAAAUCUGAUUUAAUGCUGGCCAGUAUCUGGCUUAGUUUGAUAAAAUGCAGAGAAGCUUUUUAUCAUAGAGUGUAUGACUUCUUGAAUUUUUUUUUUGUGACUGAUCAUUAUUCAGCUCAAUCAAAUUAAGAGGGCAGUGAAAGGGGGUGGGGCUUAAAAAGAUUACAUUUUCAAAUGUGUAUGUGUGUGUGCUUGUUUUAUAUGAGAUAAAAACAAUGAUUUUUGCAAAAGUAAAAAAAAGUAAAAAAAAAAAUGAAUGUGUGGAUCUGGGAGUGUUUGUCAUAUGAAAUACUUCCAUAAAUAGAGUAAGUAUCUAUGAUUUUUAGUUAGCAACAAGUUUGAGUAAGCUAUUGUGCAGAAGAAAGCUUUGGGUAUGAGGUGAUUGUUGUCUAUUAAUGACCUGAAGUGUGGAAUAAAGCAAAAUAUCAUUAACUAUCAUAGUGCUUACUUUGUUACACCGAAGUAUUGCUUGUGAAUCUGUUUUUGCAUUGACAAAAUGUUUAAUUUCUACAAAUGAAAACUUUUCCAACUGCUGAUGCUCCAUCUUUCCAUUAUUCAUCUUGUUAUUGCUUUAAAAACAUUUAUUUUUUACUGUAAUUACUGUACUAUACACACACACACACACACACACAUUCAUACACAUACUAUAUAACAUAUAUAAUCAUUCUAUUCCUUGAUGUGAUGAAAUAUUGCUUGGCUGUGAAAUUUACAAUGAUUGGGGGAAAAAAACCUUGGGGUUACUGUAGUGUAAACAAAUUUAGUUGCAGAAAUAAGUAAUAAUUAUUUUGAUGAUAAUCAUAUUAAUUGCAAUAAUUUUUAACUUCUUUGAAAUUUGAAAGGGAAACCUCUUUUGAUAUGUUAAACUGCAAGAUACAAAAAAUGACUAGGAUAAUAGAAAACUAGCCUGUUUCUUACAUUCAUUCUUUCACAAUCAUGGAAGAAAUAAUAUAGAUGUCUUGAUGGAACACUAAUGUAUUCAUCGAAACACAACUUGCACUUCAUAGGUUGAAUUUGGAUAAAAAUAUUUGCAAAAAUUGUUUAUUAAUAUUGGCAGAAAUGAUUGAACCUCAGACUGAAUGCCUUAGUUUUGUUUUCUCCACUCCCAUUUUAAGCUUAAAAUAUCACUGGUCUCUUACAGCAUUCAUCCCUCCAAGAUUGAUAAAAUAAUAUACCAGGUGUUUACUUGGUAAAUUCAAUUGACUAUGCACCGCUUUUAAAAUGUGACAAGUCCUUAUGAAUUAGAUAAUUGUUAAAAUAUUGUGCCUAUGUCAGAAAAUAUUAAUUUCACUGGUGCCUCUAACUCACUAAUGAAUUAUUAACAAAAUCUUAAAUAUAGAAGUUUUUAGCUUUUUGAAUAUAUUUUCUUUGGCAUAUGAAGUAAUUAUGAAGAAUGAGAUUUAUUAGACUGGUAUGUUUUGGACUAUGUCCAGUGAUGCUCAAUGCAGUUUGAUCAUCCAUUCAUUUUUAUCAUAAUUUGCUCAAACCUUCAUGAAAAAAAAAUUGAUGGUAGAGGUGAUUGAAUGAAAUCUAGCAAUAUGUAUCCCUUCAGCCAUGAUAGUUUGUCCAGAUCUUAAGGUAUUAGGAGGUUUGAUGUUGAAGUGUACUGAUAGGAGGAAAAAAUGGCACUUGGCAGGGAUAGUCUUAUCAGUGUCUUAACCUUAUAAAUGGAACAAGUAAAAAGCUGCUGUACAUGCUCAGGAUUAGAAAGGUGUACUAUGAAAGCUUUGAGCAGAAAAGCUGCAACUCUUCAGGUUCUGUUACAAAGGAUGAAAAGUGGAAAAGAGCUGUUGCUCUAUCUUUUGUUGAGAGAGCAGAGGAUGCUUCAUUAAAAUUAUCAGCAAUUUAAUUUAUGCAAAAAGGAAUUGCUAAAUUGCCAAUUCUAAAACUGCUACAUCAACUAAUUGUUCAGUGUCCUGAUUCCUGAUAUGCUUCAAUAGUAUACAUUCUUUACAAUAAAAUAACUUUUAGAAUAACUAUUUAAUAGUUGCAAGAGCCUGAGGUGUUGAGGACAGCUCAAGAACAGGAUAUAAAAUUGUGGGAGUUUUCCAUCAAAUAAGAGUGGUGAACCAGAGAUAAAGAAUAUGUCUGCAACAUAGGAGGGAAAACUGAAUUCCACUUGAACUUCACAGGUGUGGAGUUCUUUCCUGGCUAUCCAGCUUUGUUCCACUGCUGCAUACUGAGAGCAGGCCCACUAGCAAAAAAUAUUUACUUGUGGUCACAACCUCAGUCUUUACUCUCAUCUUGUAGACCUUGGAAACAUCAAUGUGGGUAUGCACUGUCAGCAGUGCAUACAUCUCAGACUGACCUAGCUUCUAUGCCUGUCAUGUGUAUCUCAAAUUGGUAAUGUCUUCUAGUAGCUCUUCCUGAUCAAGGAUUUCUGAAUGUUGUUGCAUGAGAUAAAGGUCAUGGAUGGAUCUGUCCAAGUUCAAGCAGUUCUUCAUUUUCCUGAUUACCUUUCUGCCAACAAGGGCCAAACUCAUUGCUAGUACUGGCGAAAAUCAUAAACUUUGUGUUUCAGAGAAAUGAACCAGAAAUGAAUUACUUCUCUUGUUCACAUCCUUCCUUAGCAGUGUUGCGACUCCUCAGGUCACAGAGCUUGUCAUUCCCCUGUUCUUUUGCCAGUUAUAGUAGACAUUGGUAAUCCAAAUGGGAUGUAUAUAUGUAAGACCUGUAGAACAGACCAUCUAAAUCAGGUAACUUGUCCCUUACACAACCACUUAUCACUAGAUGCAUCUCGGCUACUGUUAUCAGCUUUUUGCAACAUUUGCACCAUCUUCCAAAGCUGUGGGAAGCUG